AUGGCAUCCAUGCCAACAGACCUCCCCAAAAUGCAGUACCGGUUCCUCGGACGCUCCGGACUGCAGGUCUCUGCCAUUUCACUUGGAGGAUGGCUUACGUAUGGUGGACAUGUGGAUGAAGAUGGUACCUAUGCAUGCCUAAGAGCAGCAUAUGAUGCCGGAAUCAACUUCUUCGACUGUGCAGAAGGCUAUCAGGAUGGUGAGAGCGAGAGGGUGAUGGGAAGGGCGAUCAAGAAGUUUGGGUGGAAGCGGAAUGAUGUUGUUGUUUCAACUAAAAUUUAUUGGGGCGCCGCCCACGGCACCAACCCCGUCAACAACACCGGUCUCUCCCGCAAACACAUCCUCGAAGGCCUCGCCUCCUCUCUCACCCGCCUCCAGCUCCCCUACGUGGACCUCGUCUACGCCCACCGCCCAGAUCGCCACACCCCAAUCGAAGAAACGGUCCGCGCCUUCAACCACCUCAUCAACACCGGCCAGGCCCUCUACUGGGGCACCUCCGAAUGGCGCGCCGACGAAAUCGCCCGCGCGCACGGCGUCGCAGAGCGCUUGGGGCUCAUUGCGCCGCUGAUGGAGCAACCGCAAUAUAACAUGCUUGUACGGGACCGGGUUGAGAGCGAGUACGCGCUUUUGGUCAAGGAAUACGGGAUGGGGAUCACGAGCUUUAGUCCGUUGAAGGCGGGUGUGUUGACGGGGAAGUAUUUGGAUGGGAUUCCGGCGGAUAGUCGGCUCGGGGCUAGUAAAGAUAAGUGGGUUAAGGGGGUGCGAGAGGGGGAGGGGAACGAGAAAUGGGUGAAGGAGAUGGAGGUCGUAAAAAAGCUGGGCCCGGUGGCGGAGAGGCUGGGGACAGAUCGGGCGGGGUUGGCGCUGGCGUGGGUGCUGAAGAAUGAGGCUAUUUCGAGCGCGAUUACCGGGGCGUCGAGGCCGGAGCAGGUUUGGCGGAGUGUGAGGGCGUUGGAGGCAGUGGAGAAGCUGACGAUGGAGGUGGUGGAGGAGAUUGAGGGGAUUUUGGGGAAUAAGCCAGAUGAGAUUGUGAUGAGGUUCUGA